CGGAGCCAAGUCGGCAAGAUGGCGCCGCCCGCGGUCCUGCGCCCUUUCUCCCGGCUGCUGACCCCGGCCCGGCUCCCGAGUAGUCUUUCAGCGAGGUCGAAGUUCUACGUUCGGGAGCCGAUAAAUAGCAAACCUGAUUGGCUGAAAGUUGGGCUGACCUUGGGCACCACAGUCUUCCUGUGGGCCUAUCUCAUCAAGCAACAUAAUGAAGAUGUUUUAGAGUAUAAAAGAAGAAAUGGGUUGGAAUAAACGAUUGAAAUACUGAUACAGUCUGCUCCGUGUAGUGAUUGCAGGAAUUCUUCUGGAUUCACUAAUCUUUUGGAUGUAAAUGAGAAAGAAAAGCUAUUUGUGAAUGUAUAUCUCAGCCUUUGUGGGUUACUUCAAUAUGUGAAACAAAUUAAAAUACUUCCUUAUUCUUCA